AUGGAAUUUUCAUUUUUGAACAAGUCGAGCUUUGAUAAAGAUUGCAUAUACAACACCAACUCUCCAUUGUACUCGAAUAAUCCCAAUAACGGAGUUACAGUCGCAAAUCAUAUGAGCCAUUACAAUUUAAUGAUCGAUACGAGUUACAAACUUUGUGCUAAUGAUAGUGCUAUAAGGAGUUCCCUGAAUCAAGAAUCUAACUUUUUGUUUUCGAAAAUAACAACCUCGACUGAUUUUUAUCAAGGAGCUCAUAGCCUUGGCCACUACAAUACAGAUUUCCAUUUAAAACCAUAUGGGGACGAGAGUUCAAGUUUAACUGACAAAUCAAAGCAGCGACGGAUUCGUACCACUUUUACUUCGAAUCAAUUAAAUGAGCUGGAAAAAAUAUUUUUAGAAACACACUAUCCGGAUAUUUAUACAAGAGAGGAAAUUGCGACAAAAUUACAUUUGACUGAAGCACGAGUACAGGUGUGGUUCCAAAAUCGAAGAGCUAAGUUCCGAAAGCAGGAGAGACAUGCAAUUUAUAUUAUGAAAGACAAAUCUUCGAAAAUGGAUAAUCGAAAGAGCACUUUAUCUGGAGCGAAAUACUAUAAUACAGGACUAAAAGGAUCCCACAAUUCCCGUCAAAUAAAAAGCUUAUACGAAAAAAUAUAG